AAACAGUUCAGACGUCAUUUGACAGCUCGCGCAGAAUCAGGAAGUAAAAGCGCCGUUGUGUUUUUGUGUCCGCUGUUUUCUGUUCUCCAUAAAGCACAUUCCUGCGGGCCGAAAUGGCGACGUUUAUUUCUGUCCCGUUAAAGAAGUCUUCAGAAGUUGACUUGGUGAAACCGCUGUCGAAAUUCAUCACGAAUGCUUAUCCUGCGGGUGAGGAGCAGACGGAGUAUCUGCGCGCGGUGGAUGAGUUGAAUAAACUGCGCAAAAGUGCGCUGGGGAGGCCGCUGGACAAACACGAGAGCUCGCUGGAGAUCCUCUUACGGUACUAUGAUCAGCUGUGUUCAGUCGAGCCUAAAUUUCCUUUCCCAGAGCUGUGUCUUACAUUCACAUGGAAAGAUGCUUUUGAUAAAGGAUCUCUAUUUGGUGGCUCAGUUAAACUUGCUUUGGCGAGUGUGGGCUAUGAAAAAACAUGUGUGUUGUUUAACAUUGGGGCACUCUCCAGUCAGAUCGCCUCAGAGCAGAACCUGGACAAUGACGAGGGACUGAAGACAGCUGCCAAGUUCUACCAGCUGGCAAGUGGUGCAUUUGCACACAUAAAGGACACAGUGCUGUCUGCUCUUAAUCGGGAGCCUACUAUGGAUAUUUCUCCAGAGACAGUGGGAACACUCAGUCAGAUCAUGCUCAGCCAAGCACAAGAGGUCUUCGUCAUCAAAGCCACUGCUGACAAGAUGAAAGAUGGCAUCAUUGCUAAGUUGGCCAAUCAGACUGCAGAUUUCUAUGGUGAUGCUUUCAAGCAGUGCCAGUAUAAAGAGAACCUGCCCAAGUAUUUUUAUUUCCAGGAAGUGCUUCCGGUCUUGGCUGCCAAGCACUGCAUGAUGCAAGCCACCGCAGAGCUCCAUCAAUCAGCACUGGCCAAACAGAAGAAACGUUUUGGAGAGGAGAUUGCACGUCUUCAGCAUGCCGCAGAGCUGGUUAAGACUGUAGCCUCACGCUACGAUGAGUAUGUGAACGUUAAGGAUCUCUCUGAUAAGAUCAGCCGUGCUCUCACAGCUGCUAAGAAAGACAAUGACUUCAUCUACCACGAUCGUGUACCUGAGGUCAAAGACCUCGAGCAUAUUGGCAAGGCAACGCUCGUCAAGGCAACUGCCAUUCAAGUACCACUCAGCCAGAAGUUCGCAGAUCUUUUUGAGAAGAUGGUGCCUAUGUUAGUGCAGCAGUCUUUGAGCAUAGCCAAUUCCAGAAGGGCCGAUAUGGUCAACAGGCUUGUGGGCAGUCUGAGGGAGGCGACCAACCUCUGUAAUGGGGUGUUGGCUUCUCUAAACCUGCCAGCAGCGCUAGAGGAUCUCUCCGGAGAUUCAGUCCCACAGUCCAUCCUGGAGAAGAGUCGUGCUGUGAUCCAACAGGGAGGCCUGAACAGCAUUGAGCAGCUAAUCAAAGAUCUACCAGAACUGCUACAGAGAAACCGAGAAAUACUGGAUGAGUCUCUUAAGAUUUUGGAUGAUGAGGAGACAACUGACAAUGAGCUCAGAGCCAAAUUCAGCCAGCGGUGGAACAGAACUCCAUCUGGAGACCUAUACAAACCCCUCAGAGCAGAGGGUGGAAAUUUCCGAAACAUUUUGGAUAAGGCUGUGCAAGCUGACCAGGUGGUAAAGGAGCGCUAUAACACUCACUGUGAGAUGAUCGCUCUGCUCUGCAAACCAGAGAGCGAGUUGUGCGCUGCCAUUCCUUCAGCCAACCCGGCCAAGACUCUUCAGGGCAGUGAGGUGGUAAACGUAUUGAAGGCUCAGUUGGUCCAGCUUGAUGAGAUCAAACGGGAUCGCGAGGUUCUGGAAGGAGAGAUAAAGGCAGUGACCUUUGACAUGAUGACAAAGUUCCUCACUGCCUUGGCUCAAGAUGGAGCCAUUAACGAGGAGGCCCUUUCCACUGCAGAACUGGACUCUCGCUACGGCACAUACACACAGCGUGUUCAGCAGAACCUCCGCUCCCAGGAGGACAUUCUGGCCCAAGUACAGACAUCUCAUCAGGAGUUUGCAGCACUCAAGCAGUCUAACACUGAGGCCAACCACAGGGAGGAGGUGUUGAAGAAACUGGCCUCAGCUCAUGAUAGCUACAUUGAGAUUAGCUCCAAUCUCAAAGAGGGCACUAAGUUCUACAAUGAUUUAACUGAAAUCCUGCUGAAGUUCCAGAAUAAGUGCAGUGACAUUGUUUUUGCUCGCAAGACUGAGAGGGAUGAGCUGCUCAAGGAGUUGCAGCAGAGUAUUGCUCGCGAGCCAAGCGCGCCUUCUUUUAACGUCCCAGCUUACCAGAGCAAUAACCCGGCCCCCGCUGCAGGAGGCCCCACCCCUGCUCCCCGGACCGUGUUUCCGGUGCAGCCUCAGGCUAAACCCCAGCCUCCAGCAAGACCACCGCCACCCAACUUCAGUUCACAGACCGCCAGUAGCAGCACCACCAGCUCAGUGCCUGACAGCCAAGCCCCACCUUCUGUCAGUUCCAAUCCCCCACCUGUGGCACCACCCACUGCACCAUCACAGGCUCAAGGACCACCCUACCCCACUUAUCAGGGCUAUCCAGGGUUUUAUCAAAUGCCGAUGGCGUAUAACCCUUAUGGAUAUGGGUAUGGCAUGCACUACAUGCCGUAUCAGGCUCAGGGGCAGGCUGGUUACCCUGGAGGUGCUCCUGUCCAGCAGCCGUACCCGUAUCCUCAACAACCACCCCAGCAACAGCCCUAUUACCCCCAGCAGUAGACGACAUUUACGCUGAGCCCACACCGCCAGCUACAGCCAUGCUGCCCCUGAUAUACUAGCACUCCUUCCUCUUACACUUAAUCUCUAACACUUCCCACUCCUCUUCCCUGUCUUUAACACCUGACUUCUUGUGGGCAGAGAUUAGAACACUAGAAGGACCAAUGGGAUUUGCCCUGAAAACCCACGCCCACUCUUCUUUAAGGUUCAGAGAGAUGCUGUGCUCUGUUUGCGAGCUUUCUGAUUCUCCCACUCACACCCAAAGUCAAGCUGCUGGCUGCCUGCCUGCUGCUGUGUAUACCUUAUUUUUGUAACAAAUAUUGAAUAGAAAUACUCUAACACAUGUUAUGUAGAUGUUUUCGUACCCAGACGAUGAAGAUAAUCAUUAGGGGAAGAAAUAAUAUCACUGUAACCAUACCUCUCUCUGUUCAUCCUACAAUCAGCACUUUGGGAAUGGAACAGUUUAACUAAACAGUGAAUAACACCUGAUAUGUACCUUUCAUUUGAAGAAACCUUUUGUUUUUCUCUUGUUCUUAUGUAAUUAAAGCCUGUCUGAUGUUAAAAUCCAGUUUACUUUCUCUCUCUCUCUCUCUCUCUCUCUCUCUCUCGCUCUCUCUGCAAAUUUAAUUCUGGUAAAGCAAUGUUUGUCCCUGUUCUUUUUCUGCACUACUAUAUUAAAGUUGUGUGUAUUGCAUUACAGCAAUGCUGGAAUAAGCCUACUUUUCAGGGAGUGGGUUUAAAAUA